GUCCGCACGUUUGUGGCGACGCCGACGCCGACGCUCGGUACGAAGCUUAUGCUCGCGAGCAAGUGCUCCUCCAAGCGGUGGCGCUGGCGCAGCUUGAGCGCGAGACCAUCUCGUUUGCGACGCUGUACCAGUACAAGCGCACCGCCAUCAGCUAG